CUUAAAAUACACUACCUGUACUUUCGUUAUAGAAUCGAAACCAACAUCAUUUUCAUAUUUGAAGGCUUUGCACAAUGUCUGAAUCAUGGCAACACUCUGAAUCGUUCGCCGUCACGAAUGCGCAUAUGCUUGAUGCCGAAGUGCUCUGUGACGUCACGAUCCUGGCAGGGGAGGACAAACAGGAAGUGAAGUGUCAUCGAUUCAUAUUGGCCAGCCGCUCCCCGGUCUUAUACACAAUGUUCUGUGGUUCACUUCCGGAAACCGGCGUCGUCGAGAUCCCGGAUGUGGAAGCAAGCGUCUUUAGGCAGGUCGUCAGGUUUUUAUACAAUGGAGAAAUACAGGUUAUGCCCGAAACCGUCAUGGCUCUAAUGUACGUUGCAAAGAAAUACGACAUCAAACUAUUGACAGACCUCUGCAAGUCAUUUCUCGAAAAGGAAAUAGCAGUCGACAAUGUUUGUACCAUCAUUGAUCAAGCUGUCAAAUUUGAUGAAAAGGAUUUGAUUCAGCAAUGUCUGACCUUUGUAUCAGAAAGAAGCGACCAAGUGUUUAAGUCAGAUAAAAUUAUGAGUAUUUCCCCAGAAGCUCUUAGAUUGGUACUGCAGCAAGAAAAAGAAGCACAGAGUCUACAACCAGAAGAAGUAUAUGGCACUUGUAAGAAAUGGGCCAAGAACUAUUUGACAAAAGCAGGUAAAGAGAAUAUGACUGGUGAGGACUUAAGACAACAUCUUGGAGGGAUGAUACUUCUUGUCGAUUUUGCUCGAAUGUCUUAUGAUGAUUAUACAGACAUGGUUGUUCAAGACGAUAUCUUGUCCAAAGAUGAAAAAAUCCAAUUUCUUACAGAAAUAAGACACAGGCGGUGCAAACGAACUGUUUUCAUAAACAGAUUUAACAAAGUUCAAAAGACCAAUUGGAACCAUGGCGGUAGACAAGAUGGUAUCAGUUUCAAAACUUCAAAAAAUGUAAUUCUAACUAGUGUAGCUCUAUAUCGUCCAUUUGGACCUGGUAGUUUGACUGGCACCAUGGAAAUUUUGGAGAACCAAAAAAUAGUGUUGUUCCAGAAUGUCACCGUUUCCUAUAAAGACAAAGAACAACACGAGGACAUCAGUUUGAUAGAAAGAAUCUCAAUUCGCGAAGGAGUAAUCUACUCAGUACGCCAAAGGCUAAAAGGGGGAUAUUCAUAUAGCGGUACCAGCAAUAAAAAAACAGUUACAGUUAAUCACGUUCAAGUAGAAUUCAUGAACCUAAAAGCUGGAAAAUCAGAUAAUGGCACAAGCUUAGAGCAAGGUCAAAUACAUGGUCUUACCUUUGAAGCAUAAAUCCAAUACCUAUAUUUUGUUUUAUUUCUGCCACGAAUGAAAAUACGAAAAGAAAUAUGCAUUUAAAAGCACAAAGAACAUGAACAAAAUACAUUUAGUCCAAACUAAGCAUGCAUUUGUACUAAUGUAAUAUUAUUCAUACUGUAACCAUUGAAAAACAAAAUAAAACGGAAAAGAAUCAAUAGCAAAGUGAGGAAAAUUUAAACAUGUCAAUCAAUGUGCCUUUGAGUACGCUGACAAUUGUUAUAGUUUAAGACGUUGCUGAAUAUGAUUGUCUUACUGAGUUGCAUAAUGUUAUUUAAAUUGACUUAUAAUUCAUGUGUGAAUGACAAGAAAUAAAUGCAAGAGUGGAAA